AUGGACAUGGAUCACGGCCACCAUGGGCACGGAGAUAUGGAUAUGGGAGGGGACCAGUGCAGCAUGAAUAUGCUCUUCACCUGGUCGACCAAGAACCUCUGUAUUGUCUUCUCCGGAUGGCACGUAACCGGUCCCCUCUCUCUCCUCGGUUCCCUAGUCGUCAUCGUCCUUAUGGCUGCGGGUUAUGAAGGUGUCAGACAAGUUACUCGGCAGUAUGAGAUUGCGCACGCGAGACGAUUGAGUGCGUUCUCGACAGCUCCUGUUGGCAGCAAUGAGAUCGCCGACGAAGCUCUCACGGGCAAUGAAACUGAUCCUCAAAACCAAGCACGUACACAUGUCCCCAGCACGAGCUCACGGCUACUUGUAGGCAGUGACAAUAGGAGGGCCGUUGAGCGGAGGGGUAAGAUCACCAUGGCUGCGCUUUAUGCGGUGCAGGUGUUUUAUAGCUUUUUCAUCAUGCUUCUCUUUAUGACUUACAACGGCUUUGUUAUGCUUGCCGUCGCUGUGGGCGCGUUUGUCGGAUACUUGGCAUUCGGUGAGAACAUGUCGGCGACCAAAAGUGUUGCUUGUCAUUGA